UAUUGGUCUCAGACUCGACAACCCUUGGCUGCACUUAUAAGAACUUUGUCGAUAGAAUAUUUUUAUUUUGUCACAUGUCUGCUCAUGUAUACAUGAGGCAACUGUGAAAUAGCAUAUAUGUCGGACCCCGGAGAGGAGUGGCAGGUGGCCCGGAGACGAAAAGGUGCAGCGCGGAAAUCCAAAUCCCUUCAGGUGCCCUCAACAUGCAGCCAGGAGCAGCUGGAUAUCGGGAAGUCUGUGAAACGAAUACGAGACACCGUGUCUGAGCUAAGAUGCGAGGAAUUUUGGCAAGAUUGGAAAAAGGCAGCAUCCUCAGCCUUAUCAAACCCUCCAGAGAACAAGGACACCGAGGGCACCGCAGACCAGCUGGGGAGCACCAAAGAUGGCAGACUGUGUCAACAGUGUGUGUGUUAUGGCCUUGGCUCCUUUUCCUCCUGUGUGUCAGCUCGCUUCCAGCUUGCCAUGUUACUGCUGCUGCUGGACGCAGGACAGGUUCCACUGAAGGACUGCUCUGUUUACGAUCCUGCUUUCUCAUCUGGAGAGAUGGCUGUUUUGAGAGAGCUGGGUCUGACUGUACUCACAGAGAAUGAGGAGGGGAAGUGUCUGGCGACUAAGUCCACGCUCUUUUACCUGAUGCAUUGUGGGAAAGCCCUGUACAACAACCUUUUGUGGAAGAAUUGGAGUGUGCAACAUCUUCCUCUGAUGAGAAUCAUUGGAAACAGCUUCAAUGGCUUGAUGGACAGAACUGUUGACAGAGAGUUCAAGCGUGACUACAGCUACAUUACUCAGGCAGUGUCUGUGUGUGAGGAGAGACAGCUGCCCUGUCCAUCCCGUCUGAUUGACGUCUUCAGUGACACUGCAGUAAUCACCUUUCCCACCAGCAACCUUAAAAGACUCCCACAAUCCACCUGGGCAGAGCCGCCUGAACCACAGUACCAACACUGCUCUGAUUUGGAGAUAAUCCAGAGGGAAACACAGAGCUGAUACAGGAAAUGGACAUUUUACUUCAUGUUUUCUACUGUUUCUAUUUUAUCUGCAUUUUGUUUCUAAAUAAAUGAGUCCUUCUUUAAAUUGA